UAGUAGAAUUCAACCUUCCUACACCUUCACUGUGCCAACAAUCUUCUUUUUAUCUUAAUAUUUUCUCCUCUACUCUUCUAUUUAUUCUUUACUUUAUUCUUCUCUUAAAUCUAAGCUUAAGGGAGCGAGAUUAUUUUAUAAUUAUUUUUUCCCUUUAAAAAUAUCUACAGCGCCUCUUAUAGUUAGAGACUGAGUAUUACAAAGCUUAUGCUAUUUAGAUUUAUAGCUUCUAUAAAUAUUGUGAUUACUUUCUUCCCUCCGGGGGAAUCCACGGCGCCUCCCAUAGGAUUGGCGCGUCGAAAUGGAUGACGACUACGACCGACUCGCUGAGUCUCUCUUUUCUAUUAGCUUAUCUCUCUUGUCCGUCCCUGCAGAUUUUGAGCUAGAUGCUGCAGAGAAAGAGGCAAAAGACAGAUUAUCACGCUAUAUGAAACGGUCGCCUUCAGAUGACACACAGCGAGUUUUAACAAGUUUUAUCGAAUACUUACCCGCACGCGGGAAGCUAACCGUCUCAAAAUUUAUUACCGCGUCACAGGCCGACGAUCGACUAUUUGAACUCGCAGAGCACUUUUCUACAGCGAUCUUUAUACCGAUGCGUGCUCAUGGAGGAAAAACACCUGCCGUGACUCCAUCUCCCCUGGAUGAUGCGGAACUUGAGAUAGACGCUGAACAACAGCGACUCAAGACAAUGUGUCUAAAAAGGGAUGGCUAUCGUUGUGUGAUCACUGGGUUCUAUGAUUACGAGGCAACGAAAGUGUUUUCUGCGGCGCAAAUCGGUUCACAGAUAAUCGAUACUCAACUAGCCCACAUAAUCCCUUACUCUGUGGGAAAAUACGACAAGAAUCAUGGCCAGAUUGCGCGCACCUGGGCUACGCUGUACGCUUUGUUCCCAGAUUUGCGGGACAAAGCAAACUUUACAGCGGACGAUAUCAACCACCCCAGCAAUGCUAUGCCAUUAUUCGGCCCUCUUCAUACAGAACUUGGAAGGCUUAAUCUUGCCUUAGAACCCACGGACAAGGAAAACACAUACGUGAUACGCACGUAUCAUGGUUUUCGAGCCCUUAUGUUCCGAGAUCUGCCUCUUCCUAACAAAAACAACGAGCGUAUAGUCACAUUCAACAAACAUGACGAUUAUGACCUUCCCAGCCCAGUCCUGCUGAGUACGCACGCCACUAUCGCAAAAAUUCUUCAUGCCUCCGGGAAGGCUGAGUCUAUAGACGAAAUCCUUAGGGAUCGGUCUGAGCUUCGCUGUCUCGCUCCGGAUGGAAGUACAAGCAACCUCGCGCUUUUACUCUCAUUCUGAUGAAAGACGAGUUCUAUACCACGGCAAGUGAUACAGGUACGGAGCUAUGGGGGCAAUAAGUUGACUGCCCCUGCUUGAACGGCUCAUAUAAGUAAUCUUGGCCCGACAAAGCGUAGGUAAAGAAUCAAUCAUUUAAGUAAUUUGAUCACUUCCAUUUUGGGGGGUUUGAAUCUCUUACAACUGUACACAAAUGCGCACAGGCAGGAUUGGCGUACUACACAGUUUUACUACUCACAUGAGGGAAUAAUAAUAACAAUAAUAAAGCAACGAUAGUAGAGGUACUUCUCCU